AUGAUGAGGAGACACAAGCUUCUGAAAGCCCAUUUACUAUACGCCAUUGCUUCUAGCAGCAAGCACAGGAAUAGAAGAAAUCGUGAAGAAAUCAUUGACCUUCAUCCAGCUUCCAUUUAUCACGUGAGUCAUGAUGGGCAAAACAUUCUGCACGUGACUGUGAAGCAUCGCCAAAAGAAAAUCUACAAGCCCCUCAAGAAAUAUGGAGUCCUCAGGAGCUUGGCUGUCGGAAUCAGUAGUGGAGGUUGCACUCUCUUGCACCAAGCUGCAAAGAUAGACUUCUACCAACCAGGUGACCAAGCUGGUGUUGUCUUCCGACUUCGGGAUGAGCUCCAUUGGUUCCAACGAGUGUUAAGUGAUUUAUGGAUAUAUGCGAGUACGGAAGAUAAUUCCUGGUGGUGUCGACUGUAUCGCAAUGACGACAAUAUAACAGCUAGAGAGAUGUUUGAACAAGAACAUUCGGCCAUGCUCAAAGAAGCCACAGACUGGAUAAAGCAGACAGCUCAGUCAUGCUCCACCGUCGUCGUUCUCAUCGCCACCGUCGUCUUUGCUGCAAUGUACACCGUCCCUGGCGGCAACAAAGAUGGCUCCCCCAUCUUACGCAACUCACUUGUCUUUCGCUUUUUCUAUACCGCUGACGCUAUAGCCUUGGCAAGCUCUCUGUUGUCAGUGAUGAUGUUCCUCUCCAUACUUACGUCGCCGUUUCGGAUGCAAGAUUUGUAUGAGGACCUCCCACUAAACCUCGCAGAUGGCUUUGGGUGGAUGUUAGUCUCUUUGAUGACCACUAUGCUGACUUUUGGGUCAACAAUUUUACUCACCGUUGGCCAGAAGAAAAUGAACUGGAUUUCAUUUUGGGUUUACUUUGUGAUGGUUCUCCCUUUCAUCAUCUCUGGUUUAACGCAAUAUCCAAUCAUGACCAUCAAGUAUAGGCUGAAAAUUAUAGGGCAACUACUUCUAGACUUAUACUUGGAAGAAGACAACGGCUAG